AUGGUCCAACUACAUAACUUUUUCUUUUUUAUUCUUUUUAUGGUCGUGCCUUGUGGCACGGCAGCACCCGUACUAUUGAAAUGGUUCGUCAGUAGAGAUGUUCCCACGGGUGCCCCUUUUUCCAAUGGUACUAUAAUUCCUAUUCCUAUCUCUUCAUUCCCUCUUUUGGUCUAUCUACAUUCCAGGAAAAUCAUACGCUCCAUGGACGGAGCAAAAAGUGGAGUCUUGGUCAGAGCAAGUCGCCCUAUUCUAUUACCAGACAUAAUUGGGAGAAGCUCAUCCGAAACUAGAGCUAGAAAGGCCUUAUUUUUUUUCGUUCCCGUUCUUCAUUUCCGUCUUCUCGAAUCCAAGGGGGACUUCUCAUAUUUAGAAUCUUUCUGCGGUGUGCUCUGUUUACUAUUCUUUCGUACUUUCCUCUUUUUAGCACGCGAUAGGUCAGCGAAGCGUGAGCGGGCGCGGAGAAGGAAAGGCCAAACACUUCGGCCGAACGGGAAUGAGCAACGACGAAAUGACAAGAUGAGGUGCUCCGGGCACCCCCAUUUAGAUUUAGAAAGAAGGGUCGAAGGUUUUGGGCCUCUAGCUUUCCCCGUCCCCCCUGAGUUGGGUGGUGCUUGUGUGGGGGGCGUGCCACCAGAAAUCGGGCUUGAAGCUCUCGCCUUACCAAGGAGCCGACAGCUGAUGGCUAUGGCUGUUGGUCACGACUACUACCAAAAGGUUCCAAUGAAGAUGAAUAUUUCACAUGGAGGAGUGUGCAUCUGUAUGUUGGGUGUUCUUCUGUCGAACACAAAGAAGAUACAGUUCACUCAACGAUUGCCUUUGGGUUCCGAACUCCAUAUGGGGAAGGAGCGUUGUUGUUUGCGAGGUCUCGAUCAUUUACAUGGACCCACUUCUCAUUCCAUUUGUGGGAAUUUGAUGAUCUAUAAACCGUCCCUAACGAACGAUCGGCUCAUGUUUGAGCAUGAUGAAUCACUUCAUGCCGACCUCUUGCUAAUAAACUUUCCGGCCUCAUAUAAGAAUGGAAAACUUGAGCAUUUUCUGCAUUGGUGGAUGAAGAAUCGCAAACAUAAUAAUUUUUGGUUAACCAUGUUCCCAGAAAAAAGAUACUUUCGAGAAAGGACGAGCACGGCUGAAGUGGCUAUACAUACAAAUCUAUUUACGGAUCUAUAUGCUUCGAUUGGAACUGGAAGUUCCAGAACAGGAGGUUGGUAUACCACCAUAAUGAAACUGCCUUUUAUUUUUUUUAUUCGGAUAGGAUUUAUGUUGGCUUCGUUGGGAGGCUUGCCUAGUUUGUUACGUCAGCUCCAAAAGGAUAAGUUGCGUUGGAAUCGAGAAAGUUCCGUGGAGUUCAUAAUUGCAUAA